CAUUUUCUCACUACCCAUCUUUCUUGCUUCAAUGGCAUCAGUGGAUUUCACAACCAAGUGUUCUUUCAACAUGUUGGCACUCAUGUUUGUGACUCUUGGCUUGUGGGGUGGUGUUAGAGCUGCACCACAAGUGCCUUGUUACUUCAUUUUUGGUGAUUCUUUGGUUGAUAAUGGCAACAACAACCAGCUCCAAUCUUUGGCUAGAGCUGAUUACCUUCCUUAUGGGAUUGACUUCCCUGGUGGACCUUCUGGAAGGUUUUCCAAUGGGAAGACCACCGUUGAUGCAAUUGCUGAACUUUUGGGGUUCAAUGAUUACAUACCUGCCUAUGCUGAUGCUAGUGGCGAUGACAUACUCAAAGGAGUCAAUUAUGCAUCUGCUGCAGCUGGCAUUAGAGAGGAAACUGGCCAGCAACUGGGAGGGCGCAUUAGUUUUAGUGGGCAGGUGCAAAAUUACCAAAGCACAGUAUCCCAGGUGGUAAAUUUACUGGGAAAUGAGGAUUCAGCUGCAAACUACUUGAGCAAGUGUAUUUAUUCAAUUGGGUUGGGUAGCAACGAUUACCUGAACAAUUAUUUCAUGCCUCAAUUCUAUUCCAGCAGCAGACAGUACACAACAGAACAGUAUGCUGAUGUUCUCAUUGAAGCAUAUACUGAACAACUGAAAACACUGUAUAAUUAUGGAGCAAGGAAAAUGGUAUUGUUUGGAUUAGGCCAAAUAGGUUGCAGCCCAAACGAGUUGGCCCAAAACAGCCCAGAUGGUAGAACAUGUGUGGAAAGAAUCAAUGCUGCAAACCAAAUAUUCAACAACAGAUUGAAAUCUCUAACUGAUCAGCUUAACACCCAGUUGCCUGAUUCAAGAGUUAUCUACAUAAACGCUUAUGGUAUCUUUCAAGAUGUUAUAAGCAACCCUGAAGCCUAUGGUUUCAGAGUGACAAAUGCUGGGUGCUGUGGAGUGGGAAGGAACAAUGGCCAAAUUACAUGUUUGCCAAUGCAAACACCAUGCGAAAACCGGAGAGAGUACUUGUUUUGGGAUGCUUUUCAUCCAACUGAGGCUGGCAAUGUUAUUGUCGGUCAGAGAGCUUACAGAGCUCAAUCUCCAUCUGAUGCUUACCCCAUUGAUAUCCAACGCUUAGCUCAAAUCUAAUAUGUAAACAUGGUCUAGUUGGUAGUGAUCAUAACUAAGGUGUGCCACUACCACAAUUAAAAAUGUUCUUGAAAUGUGUUGUUUCUUUUAAGGCGUA